AAGAAGGAGCCGCCCGGCGAUCGAAGGAAAAAGGCAACCACGUGUUUCCGAAGCAAACUGCGCUGUCGAGCGAGGUCGAGCAAUACCCGUAAUAGAGUAUCGUCUGGAGAGGAACAACUUGUUUACUACAGUUUGUUUGAACAAGCGCCCAACCCCCGAACCUUCCGUCAACGAAAAUGUCAACAGAAAUGAAGAAAUCGGAGUUAUCAGACGACCCUGUCGUAACAAGUCUGAUAGAUGAGAAGAAACCUGCUGCUAAGGGCGAAGUCGAACGAGAGACCUGGGAUAAGAAACUUGAUUUUAUGUUAUCUUGUAUCGGUUAUGCGGUAGGACUGGGAAACAUAUGGCGAUUUCCUUAUCUCUGCUACAAGAAUGGGGGAGGAGCAUUUCUCAUUCCAUACCUCAUCUUUUUAUUAAUUUGUGGAAUCCCUCUGUUUUUCCUUGAACUGUCUUUCGGGCAGUUUGGAGCUUUGGGUCCAGUUGCCAUAUGGAAGAUAGCUCCUAUAUUUAAAGGAGUCGGAUUCUGCAUGAUGAUCAUAUCGUUCAUGGUAUGCGUUUAUUACAACGUUAUUAUAGCCUACAGUUUACAUUUCAUUUUCAACUCAUUCACGUCAACUUUACCAUGGUCGACGUGUGGGAACGAUUGGAAUACAGAGUUCUGCCGAACCAACUACAGUUCAAAUACCACUAUGCCUCCCGUAUGGACUGGUAUUGAUUGCGGAAAAGGCAAAGGAUGGUUCGAAGAUAUAAUGAACACGUCUGUCAAUUAUACUCAGUUAAACAACGUUUCCUAUAUGGGCCAUAAAAGCUGGACAGAGAGCAUAGAUGUAAACGGUUCUUGCAUCCAAUUUAACACUUCGUCCCAGGAAUAUUUCUCACGAAAAGUUCUCCGUUUGACCGACAGCAUUGCUACAUUGGGUGGAAUACAGUGGGAGUUGUUAGGAUUCCUUGCCCUUGCAUGGGUCAUCGUGUUUAUGUGUUUGUUUAAAGGAGUCAAAUGGUCAGGCAAGGUUGUUUAUUUCACUGCCACUUUUCCGUACGUUGUUUUGGUGAUUCUAUUGAUCCGUGGUGUUAUGGAGGAAGGUGCUAUGGAUGGAAUACAUUAUUAUCUAACACCUAAUAUUACGCGAUUGCAGGACGUGAAGGUAUGGUCCGAUGCGGCUGUUCAGAUCUUUUAUUCGCUGGGUGCAGCGUGGGGCGUCCUGCUUUCUUAUUCCUCGCUUAAUAAGUUUAAUAACAACGUUUACAGAGACGCGGUGUCCAUAUGUUUUGUAAAUUGUUGUACGAGUUUCCUUGCCGGGUUUGUUGUGUUCUCAGUCCUCGGGGCGCUGGCAUUUCAGACUGGUAGAGAUAUUGAAGACGUUGUUGAUCAAGGAGCCGGACUUGCUUUUGUUGCCUACCCUGCUGCCGUUGCCAAUCUACCAAUUGCCCCAUUAUGGGCGUUCCUAUUUUUCUUCAUGCUUUUAAAUCUUGGUUUGGACAGCCAGUUUGGAAUGAUCGAAGCUGUGGUGUCUGGACUUCUUGACGAAGUAUCUUGGUUUCGAAAAAAUCGUGUCAAAUUCCUUGCCGGCCUUUGCUUUGUACAAUUCCUACUAGCAAUACCGAUGGUUACAGAGAGUGGGAUGUAUUGGGUUACAUUGAUCGAUUGGUACGCGUCCGGUUUCCCGUUAAUGUGCGCUGCUGUGUGCGAGAUCAUAUGUAUUGCCUGGGUUUACGGCGUUGAUCGUUUCUUGUACGACAUCCGUUGCAUGAUUGGACACAAGCCGUUCUUAUGGCCCUGGUGGAAAGCUACAUGGAGCUGUAUUACUCCCAUCUGCAUAUUUUUGAUCAUGACUGCUCAUCUUGCUUUCUAUUCACCCGUCGAAUAUAACAAGAUUGUUUAUCCCAGCUGGGCUGAGGUUGUGGGCUGGCUUUCUGCUUCGGCUUCAAUUCUUAUGAUUCCUGGAUGGGCGAUUUACCAACUAAAUUACCACCCAAGAGCUAAGGGUUCUUUGCCAGAGAGGCUGGCUGCUAUUUCUCGCUGUGACGCGGAUUGGGGGCCCCGAGAUCCCAUGAUCCCAUACAAAUACAGGAAACAAGCGGAGCCUCUUAAAAGCCGAGUGCAUUGUUGUAGUUCAACAGAAAGUUGCGCUUCGGAUUUAUCAGACCCUCCUGUUUACAAAGUAAAUUCAGUUUAAAUUUCUCCAAGACCUGUCUCGUUACAAAAACUUUUACAAACUGUACAUAAUUAUACAACGAACUCUUUAUCUUCUUCUGUGUUGCGGUUUGUUGCCAUGCAAUGUCACCUUUUAUCGAUGUUAAAACAUCAGAUUUUACCCAAUUUACAUCAAAAUUUCCACUGAUGAAAAAUAUUAUAUAUUUUCAAAAUCAAUUAUAUUAAUUCGUUGACUGCGUAAGCCAUUCUUUGUUUCUCGUUUCUUUCACAACUUAUUCGUUUAAUUAUCGCGAAAGGAUAAUAUUCCUUUGUACCCGGUCCAAUGAAUGUGAUUUGUGUAUAAGCUUGUAGUAAAUAUACUGUUGUAUGCACUGUCAGAAC